UUGAUAUCCCUGUCUCAUUCUCAAACUCAAUCAACCUCUCCUACCAUCAAAUCAUCCUCCGUUUUGCCUUCGUUCUCUUUGACCCUCUCUCUCCCCUAUGGGCACUCAAAAACUGCUCCUCUCCUGCCUUCUCUUCUCUCUUCUCGCAGGGCACAUGGCGGUUCACGGCUCAUCUCACCACCACCACCACCACCACCACCACCACCACCAUCACCACCGCCACUCCUCUCAAAGUCACGAGGAACCCACCUACGCUUUCAACGCGACGAAGCUGUUCGUGUUCGGAGACUCGUACGCCGACACAGGGAACAACAACAAAUCGGAGGCGAGCUCGUGGAGGGUGCCUUACGGCAUCACUUUCCCCGGAAAACCGGCCGGGCGCUUCUCCGACGGCCGCGUCUUCACCGAUUUCGUCGCCAGAUUUUUUGGGCUUAAGUCGCCCAUACCUUACCAAUGGUGGACGAGAGUGAACUCAACCCGUCUCAAAUACGGGAUGAAUUUCGCUUACGGCGGAACAGGGGUGUUCAAAACCUUGAGCUCCGACCCAAACAUGACAGUCCAGAUCGACUACUUCCAGCGCCUGAUCGGAGACUCUGUCUACACAGCCGCCGACGUCCACUCCUCCGUUGCCCUCCUCACCAACUCCGGCAACGACUACUCCGCUUACACAGCCAGGAAUGGCUCCUUCCAGGACAUGCCGGCCUUCAUCACCAAGGUGGUGAGUCAACUCACCGUGAACUUGAAGCGCGUCUACACACUGGGCGCGAGGAAGAUUGCCGUCGCGGCUCUUCAACCCUUGGGGUGCCUUCCUAAUUACAGCUACGCAACGUCCUUUCAAAAGUGCAACGACACCGUCAACUCACUCGUCGGCUACCACAACCAGCUUCUGAAACAAGCCGUGGACAAGCUGAACAACGAAACUAACCCUUCCACUUUCCUCAUUGUCGAUCUGUACGCUGCUUUCACUUCGGUCUUUGAGAACACUGAGAAUUCAACAUUUGAGAAUCCAUUGAAGCCAUGUUGCGUGGGGAUGAGCAGUGAGUACAACUGCGGGAGCGAGGAUGCGAACGGGACGAAGAAGUACACAGUGUGUGAGGAUCCCACUGCUUUCUUCUUCUGGGACAUGGUUCAUCCCACGCAGGCUGGUUGGAGGGCUGUGUAUUCGACUCUUGGACCAAAUCUCGAUCAACUUUAGGAGUUUCUGGAGUGCUAGUCUCUUAGCUUUUCUCUUGUAAUUUUUGCUGUUACUUCUCCAUUCAAUUGUAAUUUUUUUUUCUUCAUUUUUAGGAUCGAAUAAAUUGUGUAAUUGGGUCGAUGUGAUAGGAAUGAAGUUUUCAACUAUCCACUCUUAUUUGAGCAAAAUGCAGCCCUUCUUUAUCUUGA